AUGCCUCCCGCAGCCGACCCCAGCGCGAACCCAGACGCCGCCUCCACGGUGGACGCUCCCAUGGCCGACGCCCCCGACGUCGCUUCUUCCCCGGCGCCUGUCCCCCAAGCUGCUCCGAGCCCGGCUCCCGCAGCGCCUCCGCGCACCGGAACCCCCAGCCGCAACCUCAACAACGGCGAUGCCAGCUCACGUGCAGGCUCCGUCCACCCCGACACUCACUCCCUUAACCUCCCGAACUCGGCCACGCCUCACGGCGACAGCGCCCGAAUGUACAUCAACUCCACCGUCACGGCGGCGUUGCUCGAGGGAAUGAAGAAGAUCGGUAGAGACCAACCCGCCAACCCUCUCAAGGUCUUGGGCGAGUUCCUCAUCCAAAAGUCCCGCGAGCGCGGCGAGCCUGAGUCGAGUUGA